AUGUUUUGGAAGUGCCGAAAAAUACAAAUAUUUGGUCAAAAGGCCAUACUAAUUUUGGCCCUGUUAGUCUGCUGUCUUCUGACCCUAACAAAUGGAGAUGAACCCGCCACCACCACCACCAGAAUACGCAAUCUACCAAAGAUAACAAAAUCACGAGCCAUUGCACUGGAGAGAGCAAAGACAACGACGACAACAACAACAACAACUACCACAACACCGCCACCCACAUCAGCAGCCAUAGAAGAGACAACGAUUGGCAUCAAUGAUAUUUGCAUACAUGGUAUAACCGCCAUCAUAGGCAAUUCGGAAGAGGAGGAGACAGUUAUAAAAACUCAAAAUGAUUUGGUGCAAAUCAUAGAGGGCGAUGUAAUGAUAAGUGUGAUAACGAAGGAUACAAUAUCGGCCAUGUUUGUGAUAAAUCGUUUGAAUGUAGCAAAUCUAUUAGAGGCUAAUUUUGAAAUAGGCAUUCGUGCUAUAGCUAUAGACAGUGAUGAGUUGGUGGAGAAUCUCCUGUUGCAGGAGGUGGAAUAUCAACAGCAAUGUAUUACCCAUCCCGUGGGAAUUUUCAUCGAUUACGAUUAUUACAAUAUGCUGGAGGAGGUUAUCAAAGAAUUGGAUUAUUUUAUUUGGCCUAUACCUUCAACACGAGCCGAUAUUUUUCCUAAGGUGGCCCAUUUACUGUAUCAAAUGCCUUGGGGUGAUCAAAUUGCUUCGGUAGAGAUUUUAACUGAGAAUCUUAAUGUUUAUAAUGAUUUUAUGGAUGCUGUGCGCUCGGAACACAUGUGUCUGAUGCAUUUUAAGAGUGAUACUAAUAUUUAUAUACUGUUUGGCAAUAAAUUGGCAUCACAUUUCAAGGAGAAUGGCACAGUGUUUGCAGUACCCACGGAAAGAAUGGAUAGACAUUUUAUAAUAGAUUUACCCAACAAAUCCUUUAUAUUAAUGGAAAACGAAAUCGAUCUUCAUCUGGUAGACAAAAACUCCACACAAAUCACUUUAGAUGAACCGCUCUUAGGCAAAACCAUAUUACCUUCUCGAGUGUUGGCCUUUGCCAGACCCAUACUGGAACUAUCGAGAUGGCUGAAAUCGUCUUUGCAAAAAAAUUGCAAACGUAUAGAGGAUUACUUCGUUAUAGAAACUUGCAAUCAAUUCCUUACUUUCAUUGAGGAUUGGCAAAAGUCCGAUUAUCAUUCAGUUAAUCAUGAUACAGCCGAACUAUUGGAUAUUUUGCUUAUGCGCAAAUUGGCCACCUUAAUGAAUUUCCAAAUGUUCCAGAAAUUUGUAGACGAGACACGACCAGGAGCACCACCCGGCCCCCUAGAGUUCGAGGAGAAAAUAACAAAUUUAAGAGAAAUAGCCAGUCAGAAUUUUGUUACCAACAUCACCACCUACUAUCACUACAACCGAGACAAUCAUACCAGUGUGGAGUUGAAGACAAAGUUUGGUCAUGUCUUCAAUUGCCAGUAUACGGCCGGAGGGGAUAAUUCACGUUAUCCCUUCUUGUUUGAUGGCGAAUCGGUGAUGUUCUGGAGGAUUAAGCCUGAUACUUGGGUGGCUACGGGCAUGACAGCGGCCAUUCUGGGAAUACUUUGCACUUUAGCUAUAUUGGUGUUUAUUGUGGUGCGCAUUUCUUUGGGUGAUGUCUUUGAGGGAAAUCCAGUGACUUCCAUAUUGCUUUUGCUCUCCUUGCUGCUAAUGUUUACCUCCUUCAUACCCUUCUCUUUGGAGUAUGUGGGCGAACAUCGCAACUCUCAUAUAACCUUUGAAGAUGCAGCCACCCUGAAUACCUUGUGUGCGGUGAGGAUAUUUAUACUGACUCUGGUGUAUUGUUUUGUGUUUUCUCUUUUGCUGUGUCGGGCCGUAAUGUUGGCUUCCAUAGGCUCUGAGGGUGGCUUUCUAUCGCAUGUUAAUGGCUAUAUCCAGGCCGUCAUAUGUGUGUUUAGUAUUAUGGUGCAACUGGUCAUGUCCAUACAAUUGUUGGUGGUCAUGCACAUAGCCUCCGAUAAGGUGUCCUGUGAGAACAUGUACUAUGGCAACUGGCUGUUGGGUUUGUUGUCCUAUGACAUGCUGCUGCUCUUGAGUAUUAUUGCUUUGGUGCCGUUCAUCUAUCGUUCUCAGAGAAAUUAUCGUGAGGGCAUUUUGAUAGUAAUUGGAGCAGUUCUUAUGUUCAUUAUAUGGAUUGUUUUCAUUGCUCUGUCCAUGUUUGGUGAUGAAAUGCGUGAUGCGGCUUUGCCAUUGGGCCUGCAAGCUUCUGGAUGGGCCAUAUUGGUGGGUAUACUAAUACCCCGAACUUUCCUAAUUGUCAGAGGCAUUGAGAGAUCGGAUAUAGCCCAGGCCUUGCCUUCAUUAACUUCACUGGCGUUUGCGCAAAAUAAUCAAUACUCAUCGGAGCAGAGUGUCUACGAGUGCGUUAAUCCCGCCAUGCGCAAUAUUUCCCAGGACGAACUAAACAAUCAAACACCCAGCGAAAUACCCACACUGCCCAUACGCGGCAGUGGUCCCAGACGCCAACAGUUCUUUGCCAAUCUACGUCAAGCAAAUGCCAAUAUUGGUCCCAAUCGACAAGGCACCACCCGCGUACAACGUGGCUCUCCCAAUCAAUCCGAACAAUCCUCAUUGGAGGAUGAUGAAGACACUCCAGAAAGCAGUAAAAUCACUAGAUUUUAA